AUUUCUUCUUAAUUUUCCUGCUCCAGUGGCGAAUCCCGACCCGGCUUUUCCUCCUCCUCGGAGUCCUGGAAUCCCGCAGCUUUUCUCCUCUCCCCAAAUCCUCCGAGGCCUCGGAUUCGCAUCCCCGGUCAGCCCGCACCCGACAGCUGGGCUGGGGCCGUCACGUGGCCUCGGGGUGCCAAUGUUCUGCCAGAGGGGUGGCAGGACCCCGGUAGCCGAAGAAGAUGCAGAAGGCCUCGUACUACGACGGCUCCGCGCUCUUCGGGGCUUUCUCCUACGGCGCCGGCGCCAACGGGUUCGGCUACGAGGGCGCCCAGCCGCCGUUCCAGGCCGCUCCCCACGCCGAGAGCGACUUCCAGAGAUCCGCCUGCUCCCUGCAGUCCCUCGGCAAAAAUAAAGAGCUCAAUGGGAGCUGCAUGCGGCCCGGAUUGCCCCCGGAGCCGCCGGCGUCGCCCAAUGCCAACGGCGGCGCCGCCGGGAGCGGCGGUGGGAAAAGCGUGGCGGGGAAAGCCAACCUGGGCAUCUCCAAACAGAUCUUCCCCUGGAUGAAGGAGUCCAGGCAGAAUUCCAAGCAGAAGGGCGGCUCUCCCGGCGCAGAAACCUGCGGCGGCAGCGGCGGCGAGAAAAGCCCCCCGGGCUCGUCGGCCUCCAAGAGGGCGCGCACGGCCUACACCAGCGCGCAGCUGGUGGAGCUGGAGAAGGAAUUCCACUUCAACCGCUACCUGUGCCGGCCGCGGCGCGUGGAGAUGGCCAACCUGCUGAACCUCAGCGAGCGCCAGAUCAAGAUCUGGUUCCAGAACAGGAGGAUGAAGUACAAAAAGGAUCAGAAAUCCAAAGGCGUCGGCUCGUCCUCAGGAGGGCCCUCCCCGGCCGGUAGCCCCCCGCAGCCCAUGCAGGCCACGGCCGGUUUCCUCAACGCCUUGCACCCCAUGAGCGGCGCCUACGAGGCGCCAUCACCGCCUUCCUUCAACAAACCCCACCAGAACGCCUACGCCGUGCCCACCGCCGGCUACCAAGCGCCCCUCAAAGGUUGCCCGGGCCAGCAGAAAUACGGAGGGGCCCCCAACGCCGCCGAGUACGAGCCGCACGUCCUGCAGGGCAACGGGGUGACCUAUGGGACCCCCGGCGUGCAGGGCAGCCCCGCCUACGUCGGGGGGAACUUUGUGGAUUCGCUGCCCACCUCCGGCCCGGCUCUUUACGGCCUCAACCACUUGGGCACGGGCAUGGACUACGGCGGGGCGGCGGCGGGCCAGGCGCACGGACCGUGCGAGAGCCACGCGGCGUACGCCGAGCUCUCCUCGCACCACGCCACUUCUCAGGGCAGGAUCCAAGAGGCGCCCAAGCUCACGCACCUGUGAGAGAGAAAAUCCACGCCAGAGGGACUUUGGGUUUCAGGGACGGCGCC